GACCGCGACUCGCCGCGGCUACUGCCGCGGCUCAAGCACCUGCGGCUCGAAUUCGACUACCGGCCGCACCUGUGGUGGUACGUCGACGGCGAGGACGACGACGACGACACGGAGACGGCGCCGCGGCUGCGGCCCGUCGGCGAGUUCCUCGCGGACCGGCGCAUGCACGCGCUCGAGGUGCUCGACGUGCGCGCGACCGGGUCGACGGACCAGAGCCUGGUGACGCUGGCGGACAACUGGCCCGGCGGCAUUGAUCUGAAAGACGUCAUCUCGCCGCGGUGUUUCUGGCCGCGGCUGCGGGUGCUGCACCUGGACAGCGUGUGGUGCGAUGGCGAUGAGCUGGUGAAGGUGCUGUUAGGGCACAAGAAGACGCUGCGCGAGCUGAGAAUGGACAGUGUGCACCUGCUGUCGUCGUGGCCGCGCCUGCUUGAGACGGUCCAGGAGAAGCUGUACUUGACCAAGGCUAUCGUUGACGCUGAUUCUGUACUCACCGGUUGCAGCGAGGAGGAGGACACGGAGGGUGCGAUCGAGUGGUGGGUCAUGACCUGUAAGCUGCGUAGGGCUAUUAGCAACUGGCUUUGCUGUCGCACCCGGGGCAAGUGUCCGCUGAACAAGGACUAUCUCAUGCACGGGUAUUAUCGGGAGGCUUGAUUAGUGGAGGGUACCUCAUCCAAAAAUCAUGGCACCCUACCUACCUUAGUCGGGGGCUGAAGUACAGCACAUGCAUCUUGUUGGAUUUGGUCAGUUGCACGGUUGGAUAAGUUCAAUUGUGUGUAUUCUU